AGUAGUGUUUGAGGAAAACCGUCACUGACCGCACAAAGAUAGGUUACUCAUUUACUGUUGAUUCUAACUGAAGUAGAGAACAAAGAAUGAUUCUGCUGAUAACCCCAUUCCUCUUCUUUCAAGUGGUGUUCUCAAAGAACUCUGUGGUUUCCAGACAUGUGUAUGCAAGACUCAUCCCUCUGGACAACCUUAGGGCGAGUGAGACACCGACCAGCAUCAACCAGUCGGAGAGUAUGCCUGACUGUACCACCGUCUGUGCCAGGGAUGAGGCCUGUGUUGCUGUGAUGCAUCAUGGUGAUCAGUGCUCCAUCUACAGAUCAUCCCUGUCUCCUUCGAGUGUUUCCCUUCCCGGCGCAAGAAGUUUAAUCAAGAAAGGAGCUCUGCCACAUCCAGACCCGUGUCUCGUGUCUCAAGGCUACACGUCAGUGCUGUCCCCACGCCUGUGUUACAAGCUUUACACGACCAUCUUGACUUGGACAGACAGUCAGGCCCGAUGUCAGAGUGAAGGCGGCCGCCUGAUCAUCCUCAACACAGACGAGAAACACGCCUACAUUCUGACUCAAGUGUCGCCUGACCUAGCUCCGCAUAUUGGUCUGAAAGCUGAUGGUGGCUCCAAAACCUGGACUGACGGAUCAACCUACGUACCCGGAAUAAUUGGCCCCUUCACUUCGAGUUGCGGAUACAUACAUGCAUUGUCUACCAGGGGCUAUUAUUGCUAUUGGGGACGCCCGUUCUUGUGUGAAAUACCUGUGUAAAACACAUACGUAGUGUCCUCCACCAGCAUCUCCUCCAAGUAAAAUACAUGGUAACUAUGUAUUGUAGACGUUCAAGGCACUGUGUUCAUACUAUUGUUAUAGUGCAAACCAUUUCAAUACUUGUAUUUAAAAAAGUGCAAACCAUUUCAAAACUUAUUUAACAUUUUAUUUAUCUAAAUACCUAACUGGUUCAAAAUGUUUCCAAGUGCACCGAAAUUCUAUGCCCUUUGUCUGUUUAAUAUAUUCAGCAAACAUUCGACGUAUCCCCUCUUAUCAUAAGCCCCUCCGGGCAGGACCCUUAAUCUCCAGCGCUAUCUAUAAAUUUAAAUUAACACCUCCUUACGUUGCCGGAUCUUACGUAUAUACAUACACGUGGGGCAAUGACCUUGCCACACGUUAUGUAAUACCUUGCUCUACAAAAACCCUACUGACAUGGUCAGUCAGGGAGGCAGCAGAAGGUAAGUGACAGAGCAAGUCUCCACCCGGGAACAUUGGCCACUCGGUCCCGGUGUGCGUUCUGUCACGUUAUUAUCAACAUGUACCUUUUCGACUUAUUCCAAACCAUCAACAAUAAACAUGGCUGCUGUCGGCUUAAACUUCACCCCUGAGUUUUGUCAUCCGUCAUCACCCUGAGCUACCAUCCGAGGGCCGAAACUUACGCCCUUGGACACUGUCAUGUCACACUUUGUAUCCUGUGGUUUUAGUUAAAGGGUUCACCCGAGUUUCAGCCUAUUAGUCUCAGCAAUAUUUCAUUCAAACCCACGUUUUCAAAACGUAGUGUGCGA